CGACGGCCCGCCUCUCCAAUGAUUGACGGGGGUGCCAAAAAGACACGAGAGCCUUUUCUCUCUGGGAAGCUUCUGUUUGGGAAGUUUCGGUCACUUCCGCUACCGGUGGCCGAACGGUGAACUUUUGCGCUUACCGUGCUAGCUGGGAAGACACUUAAGCGAAUGUAGAGACGGGUGUAUCCGACAUUGCGAUGGAGGAACAUCGCGCGACGAGAGAUCCUGAGACGUUUCCGUCGAGCGACGAGUUGGUCUCAGUGCUGCCGCCUACAGGAGAGGACAUCAACCGCAAUGGAGACGUCCGAAAGGGAUGUGAUCCUUUUGCUCAAUCUCAACGCAGUAAACUGCAGAACCGGCGAGCUCGCAUUAAUCAGCAAAUCAACAAAGAGAUGCGCAUGAGAGCUGGAGCCGAGAACCUGUUCAGGGCAACAACAAAUAACAAAGUAAAAGAGACAGUGGCUCUGGAACUCAGCUAUGUGAACUCUAAUCUACAGUUGCUCAAAGAAGAACUCGAGGAGCUUAACAGCAACAUGGAAGUUUAUCAGACAGAUAGUGAGGCUGUGAAUGUUCCCAUGAUCCCACUGGGUUUAAAAGAAACCAAGGAAGUAGACUUCAUCAUCCCGAUACAGGACUUCAUCUGUGAGCACUAUGGAGAGGACAGUUUACGCUAUAAUAAUGAGAUAAAAGAGUUUAUGGACCUCAGACAGGCCAUGCGUACUCCCAGUCGUAAUCAGACUGGUUUGGAGUUACUGAUGGAGUACUACAACCAACUGUACUACCUGGAUCAGCGGUUCUUUCCGCCACAUAGGAACCUGGGUGUGCACUUCCAUUGGUACGACUCUCUGACAGGCGUUCCAUCAGGUCAGCGUGCAAUAGCCUUCGAGAAGGGAAGCGUGUUGUUCAACAUCGGUGCUUUGUACACACAAAUCGGAGCACGACAGGAUCGUUCCACGACAGCUGGCAUAGAUCGAGCUAUAGAUGCAUUUCAGAGAGCUGCAGGUGCAUUUAAUUAUCUGAAAGAGAAUUUCUCCAACGCACCAAGUCUCGACAUGAGUGGGCCAGCGCUAUGCAUGCUGGUACGGCUAAUGGUGGCCCAGGUGCAGGAGUGUGUUUUUGAAUGUAUUACACUCACCACACAGGACACACAUUUCAUUUCUCUGCUGCGCCUGGCACAAGAGGCUGCACGGGUGUCAGACGUCUACCUGCUAGUGCAACAGACUAUGUCACAGCCGCUGAUGAAAGACUAUGUACCAUUUUCAUGGGCGUCUGUGGUUCAGGUCAAAUCUGAACAUUUCCGUGCUCUCUCACACUACUUUGCUGCGGUUGCACUCUGUGACCACGUGUUGUCUGAAGAAGUCAACGAGGAAGCAGAAAAGGUCUUUCUCCAAUUCUAUGUCAGCACACCUGCAGGGCCACCACUCCGUCAGAUUAUAAGAGACGGAGAAAAAAGACGAAGGUUUGGUAAAGCCCACCUGCGGCAUGCAGUGAUGAAACAUGAAGAAGCAAUGCGGGUCCAUAGUCUGUGUAAAAUCUUAAGGAAGAUGGACAUACUGCAAGAUGUACUAACAGUAACACACAAACGCUCACUGGACAAAUACUCUGAGCUGGACCAAGAGGACGAUUUUGACGAAACUGUAGAGGCACCAGAGAUACAGUCUCAAAGUCACCAGAAGCCAGACAUCACUCCACUCAACCAUUCUACAGUCCAAGUAGCAGAUAUUUUCCAAAGAUUGGGGCCAUUGUCAGUGUUUUGUGCUCAGGCUCGCUGUGGCCCGGUGCGUCUGAUCUACCUGCAGAGGAAAGAAGGUGGACUAGGCCUCACACUAAGAGGUGACUCACCUGUCUUGGUGGCUGGGGUGGUCUCUGGAGGUUGUGCAGCGGAGGCAGGACUGAGGGAAGGAGACUACAUAGUGGAAGUUGAUGGACAGGACUGUAAGUGGGUCAAACAUAGUGAAGUGGUGAACAUGCUUAAGAACUACAGAGUCAAAGAGGUGGAGCUUGGCGUGGUUACAUUACAUUCACACGAUGCUCAGGCUGAGAAAAGGCUUAUACUUUCUCACAGCAGCGGUAAAGAGAACACUUUUCAGCGGGUGAUGGCUGUGGCUAAAGGACAGAGGUCUGCCUCCUUACUGGACUGGAACAGGAAGAAGCGGGAAGGCAACUUGACUUCUAACAGACUGGGAAGCACUUUCAAUUUGUCUUUUGGAAACCUCAGAGACACUGAGGCCAUGUACUGAGAUGAGGUUGCAGAGGAGCCACUCAGGGAGUCACAAUAGCGUAGUACCGCACAUGAUAACUGCACCAACAAAUGUGAUUUUGAAAUAGUUCGCCGCACUUGUAAAGUAUUUCAUUUCACAAAUCCAAAGCCAGCUGUUUGUUUUUCUCAGUUGCUUUGGUCCAUUUCUUAAAUCAUCCUCAACCUAUGCAUAAACAGUCAGUGUUUUUCUAAAAACAAUUCGUACAAACAGCAAAACACCAUGGAUUACAUGCAGAACCCAGUCUCUGGUUAAAAAUGCUUAUUUCAUUUCUUAAAAGUAAAGAUAUAUGUCAAUAAACAUGUCAGUGCCAUAA